AUGGCAUUCUACAAUGAGCGGCAGAAGACCUAUACUGUGCAGGGUCUAAAGGACCUUGUUCAGGAAAGUUUGUCAAAGUACAUGUACGCUAAUGCUAUUUUCUCCGCCGAACGUCUUUAUGCACUUGUUCCGACAUACGAAUCUCUACACAUUUUGGCAAAUUGCCAUGUCACGAGUGGUGAUGCUGGUACUGCCUACAGAUUACUUCGUGUGCAUUAUCCAUUUAAACUACCAACCACUAUUUCUACUACUACUAAUACUACUACUAGUACUAAUACCACUACUACUACUACUAAUAAUAAUACUAGAGCUGCUACUGCUAGUAGAAGUAGUAGAAGUGGCGGAGGAGUUGUGGAGAAUAACGCCAUUGCAGAUGCUUCAGCGCAGUGGAAAUGUCAAUACUUACUCGGUGUGACUUGUGGAAUGACGCAGCGUUAUAUGGAAGGAGAACGUAUAUUGGAUGAGUUGGAUCAAACACGGUCAUGUUCAGAGGUACAGUAUUGGUUAGGCAUCUGUCGUCGUCAUCUCCAUCACCGCAAUGCCAGUGAAGCAUUUGCCAAAAGUGUAAUUCUGGAUCCAUUAAACUUUGCAGCAUAUGAAGAGCAUGUCAAGACAGCACGGCCGCCUCGAAAGGCUGUAAGUCGAAUGUAUGCUGAUUCAACACUAAUUAGUAGUACAGAUAAAACCACACGAUAUUUUUCUAGUGAAAAUGUUAAGAGUGGGAGUGAAAGAAAUAUGAAACGUGAAGCCGUUCGUGUACACUUUUCUUAUUUUGCUCUUGUAACAUCUUAUUUAUGGAAUUAUCAGUGUAAAGAUGCGAGAAAUGUACUACAACACGAACGAUUUCCUGAACGAGAUUCUGGAUGGGCAUUAGGAGCACUUGCUAUGGCAUAUUUUCACGAUGGGGAUGUAGAGAAUUCAACAAAGGAAUUUGCUCGAAUGCGUCAAAUAACACCAUGGAGAUUAGAAGAUCCUGUUCUAGUUUACUAUAGUACAGCUUUAUGGCAACGCAAAGAAAUGGGGUUACUUGGUUCACUUUCACAGACUCUUAUUAAUGAAAUGCCUGUAUCACCAAUUACUUUGUGUGUUGUCGCUAAUACAUAUAGCUUAGUAAAGGAAUCAAAUGAAGCAUUAUGUAUGCUAAACCGUGCAGUGCAAGUAGAUCGUGAGUUUGCGUAUGCCCACACUCUACGUGGAUAUGAAUUACUAUACCUUGACCGAAAAUCUGAGGCGGAAGAAGCUUUUCAAACAGCAAUUCUUAUUGAUAGUAAACAUUAUAAUGCCUAUGCAGGAUUGGGGGAAUUGUAUUUUAGAAGUGAAAAUGUUCAAAAGGCACGUAGUUAUUUUCAGCAAGCAAUAGAUAUAAAUCCAUUACCUACUAUAAUGAAUCGAUAUGCCGCCACUUACCAUAGACGAGAUGCAUCAAAACAAAACCUUAAAGAAGCACUACGUAUUUAUGAAAGUGCUAUUGAACGACAUCCAACAAAUCUUGGCGCUCGUCACCAGCGGGCAGAAGUGUUAAUUCGACUUGGUUGUCUUAAUGAGGCUCACCAGGAACUUCUCAGGAUGACAGAAGAAUGUCCUGAUGAAGCAAUGUUAUACGUAACGCUUGCGAAAUGUGUUCACAUGAUGGGAUUAACAGGUCAGGCAGUUCAUUAUUACCAUGCUGCCAUGGACUUGGAUCCCCGACGAGUUGGUUAUAUUAAGAGUUGUUUAGAGAGAUUGGCAAUGGGUAGCUCAGAUGUUGCUUAG